AUGAGAGUGCGCACGACGAGAACCAAAGAUUUUAAAGACCUCAAGGGAUGCCUGCUAUUUCGCGCUACGGACUUUGCCUCUCUAAUGCGCCCCAUCACAUUUUUCUCGGGGAUAUUCGGCUUUUUCCCAUGCAACUAUAAAUCCGAAGAAUACGUGUUCUCGAAGAAAAAAUUCGUCUACUCAAUAAUCAUAAUCUGUCUUCAUUUGGUUCUCCAAGUCUAUAACUUUUUAUUAGCCAAUUUCCUCGACACCAUCAAGUCUAUAACGAAAUCAAUGUCGGAUAACAUGUUCGUUCUCUUGGACGGAUCCUUACCUCUGCUGCUGUUCGCAGCACCGUUCUCAAUGUCGGCUAUGUUCGAUCAAUUGUCGAAGCUUUCACGCACGCUGCCGCGCCAGGAUUUCAGUGACAUGGCGAAAGUAAUUCGCACGGUUUGCAUCGUGAACGCCGUUUUCUACGUCUGCUUGAUACCGGCAUGUUAUUUUAACGUUUUUAAGAUAACUGUGCUGCGAUUAUCCAUUUCUUUGUACUUCGCGGUGUCAUCGACCACGUCGGUACUGUGCUACAUAAGCUGUGUGCCUGUUUUGGGAGCGUGCUUGAAGAAACUCAACGAAGAUCUAAAACAGUUGAAUAGAUCUUCGCCGGAUCUACACGUUGAAUUGGCGGAGAAGCAGUUGUCACGAAGACAAAGUACCAUGUUGUUAAUGAAGGUGAAAUAUUACGAAGAGGUGCACGAGAAUAUCAGCGACGCUGUCGAACACCUGAAUAGAUUGUUCCGCACCGUGGUCAUCUUUUAUACGACUUCCACUUUCGUUUCCGUCACUCUCAGUCUGUACAAUAUGUUCACGAAAUGGGACACCAGUGGUGAUAGAAUAACGACGAUAGAUUUACUUUUCAUAUUUGUUGGAUUGUUAUAUUCGUCAUUAAGGUUUGGAAUGUUCUGUGUAAUAGUUUGGUUCUGCGAGACUGCCGCAAACCAUGCUGCGGAUAUCGUUAUCACGAUCCACGAUUGUGUCAGCCACUGCACGGAUAAUACUGUCAAGCGCGAGUUGAAGUACUUUGUCCUGCAAGUUAUCCACAGAGAUAUUACAUUCACGACGAAAGCGUUUGACAUUAAUGGGAAGCUUUUAUCACAGAUUCUGAGUGCAAUUUUCAUGUACGUUAUGAUACUCUAUCAAUUUUUAACGGGUUCCAAUUGCACCAACUGACCGCUGCGGUCGUGCGACGAUCAACACUUCUUCGUGAAAUUACACAAUUUUGUUUGUCACGUUAGCCUGAUCAAUGCUCCGUCAGCCGUCCGGAAGGCAACGUGGUGUGUUCCUGCGCAGAUACCUGUAAUAGUUCAUGGCUGAGGUGUUUGAUAAUAGCACGCAACUUAAUGUAACGAACAGACUGAAAAUGGCAUCCGCUCAUUUCGGUAUUUUAUGUUAGAGACAAUUUUGUUGUCUGACUCGCACCAAACAGGAAUAAAGUUCACGUUCGAAUAGUCUUAA